GACCCUGCCCCCACCCUCCCUGCCUCACAGCCCACUGUGAGGUCAGAGCCUUCCAACAAGUUCCGUCCACAGGUGUGCCGUGGGACUGGGGGCUGGACAUGGCCCCCUGUCCCCACCCUGACUGCUGCCUGGCCAGCAGCCCCCUGGGCCUGAUAUGUUUGUCCCUUUUGCUCAUCCCUGCUGCAGCUGGAACCUACUGUGAAUGCAGCCUGGGCCUCAGCCGGGAGGCCCUCAUCGCUCUCAUUGUGGUGCUGGCGGGAGUCAGUGCUAGCUGCUUCUGCGCCCUGGUGGUCGUGGCAAUUGGAGCCCUGCGAGCCAAGGGUGAAACAUGCCCCAGACGCAUGGACAACAGGUUGGUGGGGCACUUUGGGGUCCAGGAAGAUCGAAUGGACCUGCAUGCAGUGCACGUGGAGUCCCACCUUAUGGACCCUGAAUUGGAGGUUUCCAUGAUGCCAUCCCUGGAGGACCAUGCCCUCAUAGCCAUCCCCCUGGAGGCUUCUCUACAGGAGCCGCCCCCACCCCCACCUCCUGAAUAGGGUGGAGGGCAGUUGGGCAGGGGAAUUAAACUUUAUUUAGUGGUUGUGUGCUGUCCUCCUUGCAAGCUUCCAAGGCCCCUGGAGAGUGCACUGUGAUAUGUAUGCAUUCGCUUACGGGGCAGGGAACCACACCCUCAUGCUUCCACCUUCCGGCACCGGCACCGCUGGUCUGCCCAGCCCCCUCCCUGAAGCUUCCUGUUGCAUCUUCCCCCAAAGCCAGCAGGGAUCCUGGGACCCUCCCGACCCAAGAAAACCCCUAAAGGGAGCUGCAUCUGAGGCCGGAUUCUGGCUGAUGCCCCUGGUCACUCACAGUGCCCCCUUGAGGCUCUAAGGAGUGGAGGCACCCACUCUCCUGCAUCACCUCCCCUGCCUCUGGUGUGCAGUCCUCCUCGCCUCAAGGUUGUCCCUGGAGCUCAGGCCCUAUCAUGUGUUUGAGCUCCGCCUGCUUGUCCAUCACGGGGGUGGGGCAGGGGAAUUCGCUUUCUCGACGUGGGGUCCUUUCGCUGAGCCAGAAUGGAGCUGAGACGGAAUGGGGUAGGACACACUGCGU